CGCAUGCGCGGGGCCAGGGACGCGCCGUACAGCAAGAUGGCGGCACCCCGCCCCCCCGUCCCCCAUGCGGAGGCGGGGUCUGCGCCGACAAGAUGGCGCUCGCCAGGGGCAUGGCGCUGCUGCGGGCGGCGGCCGGUGGCCUGCGGGGAGCGGGAAGGCCGUUGUGGGCUCGGCAGGACGCCCUCCGGCUCUGCAGCACCCAGGAAACACCCAAAGCCCCCCCAUCCCCCUACCAGGAGCGGCCCUGGGAGUAUCUGGAGAGCGAAGAGUAUCGCAUCACCUAUGGUGACAGACCCAUCUGGCAUGGCUACCGCCGCAACCACAAAGGCGCCAUCCCCCCCCAGCGCACCCGCAAGGCCUGCGUGCGCAAGGGGAAGCGGGUGGGAAACCCCUGCCCCAUCUGCCGCGACCGCAACCUCCACGUGGACUUUCGGAAUGUGAAGCUCCUGGACCAGUUCAUCUGCCCCCAUUCAGGCAUCAUCUUCCACCCCACGCACACAGGGGUCUGCAUGAAGCAGCACAAGCUCCUGACCAAGGCCAUCACACAGGCACAGGACCACGGUCUGCUCUGGCUGCACGUCCCCUACGUCCCAGCCCCCCGCGACGACUUCUCCAACCAACACCCAGCUGUCAGCAAGACCCCUCCAGCACCCGCCCUGGCCCCUGGCCGCCAUUGGUACCCCUGGUAUGAGCGCCAGGCCCCUCCGACCGCUGCCAUUGCCCGCAUCCGUCAUCUCUACAAGAAUUACCUGAAGGAACAAGAAGCCCUGCCGGCCGCAGGGACGCCCCCUGAGACCCUUCCAACUCCCCGCGCGGAGCACAGGGAGGAAUAAAGCGUUUACAGCCCUUGCUAGA